CAUCGCCGUAGUAUAAGAAGGAUCGUCUCUGGCGCAGGAGGUCUCCAUCCCAAUCGCUCCGAGUCGACGCUUUGAUAGCGCGCCAGCCACUUACGCCUUGCUACGCCUCACCCCACCAGCUACUCACACAUCCAUGUCUCAUGAUCAAGUGCAGACCACUGCCCCGGCGGCGGCGGCGUCGUCCACGCCCGUCGCUCCUUUGUCCCAUUCCACGCUCCGCCCCACAUUUCCUCCCGUCGCCCCGGCCGACCCACAAAGAUUCGAUGCCGGGUAUAUCAACACGAUCCGGCUUGUGCUUCCCGACGAGAUGCUGCAGGCCCCGCUCACGCGGCUCGUCGACGAGUCCCUCCUGCGCUGCGGGUUCUCUUCAACGGAGAUCCGCGCGGCCUGGGUUGCGGGGCCGCUUCCUGCGUGCCUCCGCUCCGAGGCCGGGACUCCUGCUCUUGCGAGAGACCUGGGCCUGAAGCGCAAGGCUGAAGAAGUCGAUGGCUUGGAUUCGUCCAAGCGAUCGAAGAACGGCUACAAUGUACCGCAACGCUCGAAUUCAAGUGGGCAAACUAAUGCCAACUCCCUUGGAAACACCUCUGUCGUGACACUUAACACGAUCCAGUCCACUCCUUCCGCAUCGAUCUCCCCAACUAACCACAUUAUUCCUCGCCCGUCGAAGUCACCCCGCAAGUCGCCGCGCAAGUCCAAGGCUGGAGUGCCGGCGGUAGCGCCGCCAGUCGCUGCUGGCGCCGUAGUCGCCAUGAUGCCCUUCCCGAGUCGUCCGAAUUACCGCAAUCCGCUCGCGAGCAACACCGCCUCGGCCGUCCCCGCGUCGAGCACUCUGGUCGCUGCCGGCCAGCAGAUUUCUCCUGCGACGACGCCGCCAGCGGCAUCGGCAUCGGCAUCGGCCUCGGCAACCCUGGCCCUGCAGUCAAGCAACAGCGCUACGAUUUCCACCGGGACGGCACGCACCCUGCCCGAGCUCCAAUUUGGCGCGCCUACUCCGGAGCAGCUGAUGAUGUUCGGCGCCGCCGCCUGGAACCUCGAACAGGUUGUCGACUACGAUGACGACGACGCCGCGUAUCUUCUGCCCCUACCCCAAGCAGGCCCUAAUUCCGAGUUUUGCUGCUUGGGCUACUCGGUGUGAUCGCCGCAGAGAAUUAAAAUGAAAAGCUCGAAAAAAAUGCAUUCCUAUACUACACUCCGUUUAAUUUCUCCAUUAACGUGCAGUAUCAUGCUGUGUAUCGCUAGCCGCUUCUUACAAUAUCAUCUGGUAUUGUGUACUAAUGCUUACCUUCUUGGUAUAUUUGAGGCAAAC